UGGAGGCGACCUGUAGCCUCGCACGAGGUGAAAGUCAUAUUUUCGUUGAACUUUCAAACGAUCGCGUGUAGGAGUGUCAAAACAAAAUACUAAAACAAAACCUUUUGGAAGAACAAUGGCGACACUUCGAACUUUAUCUGUUUCUAAACAGCUGACGACAACUUGGUGUAAAAGGAAAUAUGCUUUUGUAUGUUCAACUUACAAAACAGGGACGUCUAGAGGUGCUGAAAAUGGCAACGAAAUAAGAAAACCUCAAUCCGACACUAGGCCAAACGUCAGCCGUAAACCUUACAAAAUUCCCCAACUUUAUCCAACAAGUAGCCCAAUUGAAUGGACGGAGGAUGAACGUGAAAAAGGCCUAGGUGACUUGGAAGAGCUUGACCAGGAUGCUCUGAAAAAGAUCCUGGCACAAUUUACCUCUAAUUCUGAAGUCUGGAAGUUAUGUGUAGAACACGACAUUGCUUAUGGGAUGUACAGGGUGACACAUCGGUCUUUCAGUGCCAUGUGUUUGAACGAGAAGCUGUCUCCCGAUCUUCACCUAUUACUGCUGGAUCUCAUCGACGGAUCAGGAGAUGUAGUCAGUCUUUUUCCACACUUUCUAAAAUUCUCACUUGAAUUAUACCCACACCUUGGUUGUAUGGAUGAGCUGAAAAGCAUCGCAGACCUCACUUCUCCAGCAAAAUGGUAUCCAGAUGCAAGAAAAAAGACUCGUAACAUCAUCAUACAUACCGGCCCAACCAAUAGUGGUAAAACCCACCAGGCUAUGAACAAGUUUUUAGAAGCUGAGUCAGCUAUAUAUUGUUGUCCGUUACGUUUGCUGGCCAUUGAAAUAUGCAACAGAUCCAAUGAUCAGGGUAUCCCAUGUGACUUGAGAACAGGUGAACUCAUUACAUUUGCUAACGAGAGCAACAAACCUGGAAGUCACAUGGUUUGUACUGUAGAAAUGGCCAUCGUCGAAGAUCACUACAAUGUAGCGGUGAUCGACGAGGUCCAAUUGAUACGAGAUAUUGAUCGAGGGUGGGCAUGGACGAGAGCUUUCCUUGGUUUGAAUGCUGAUGAAAUCCACCUUUGUGGGGAGGAAUCUGCAAUUCCUCUAAUAAAAAACCUGGCUAAGUUGACCGGUGAUAACGUAGAGGUUAAAGAAUAUGAAAGAUUAACGUCGUUGAAGAUCCUGGAUGAGGCUGUGGAGAGAUGGGAAAAUAUCCUGCCUGGAGACUGCAUUAUUUGUUUUAGCAAGGAGAGUAUAUUUAAAGUGUCGACUAUACUUAACAAACUAGGAAUCCAAACCGCCAUCAUCUACGGACAUCUACCUCCAGCAACAAAGAUUGCCAUGGCCAACAAAUUCAAUGACCCUCUGGACCCGUGUAAAGUUUUGGUCGCGACAGAUGCUGUAGGAAUGGGUGUCAAUCUGAACAUCAGAAGAAUUGUAUUCCACCAAUUACAUAAAAAGGUAUCGAUAAAAAAUGGCCAAACAGCAUUCCGGGCCAUCAGUGCCUCCAUGGCCAAACAUAUAGCAGGACGCGCCGGCAGAUUUAAGACCAUUUAUCCCGACGGAGAGGUGACGACCUUCCUCAAAUCUGAUAUACCUUUACUACACAAUACAGUCGGGGCAAAAGUCCCACCUAUACAGUCUGCUGGGCUGAAACCCACCACAGAACAGAUGGAGAUGUUCUCCUAUCAGCUACCUAAUGCCACUCUGGAAGAACUGUUGAAUACGUUUGAAGAGAUGGCUAAACAUGACGAGAAAAACUUCUUUAUGUGUGAGUUACAUCAGAUGAAGGUACUAGCGGGCAUGAUCGACGACAUCGGUCUGCCCAUGAGGGAUCGCUUCCACUACUCAACCGCACCAAUUGAUAUUGAAAACGAACUGCAAUGUGAAGUGUUUGUAGAGUGUGCCAAGAAGCACUACAAUGAGGAACCUAUCAGUCUGACCUGGCUAACUAAUCUUCUAGGUUGGCCACUCAAGAUGCCAAAAACUCCUUCAGCUCUCAGGGACCUGGAGAGCAUCUUCGGCUGCCUUGAUAAUUAUUUAUGGUUCAGCAAAUACUAUCCAGACAUCUACCAGGGCGAUAAGAGAGUCCUUGCGAUCCAAAAAGAGCUUGAGAUUUGGAUUGAAGAUGGAUUAGUUUUGUGUUUGCUGAGAAAAUUAAAUAACGCUGAGAAAAUACAACUUGAAACACAUCCUCUAGAAAGAAGAGAACUAACUGAUAAGUCUGAUAAAUUGAAACAUGAAAAACUUGAAAUUGAAGAGACAGAACUGCCAUUAAGUACAGAUGAAAACUCAACCAAUCAGUCACAAUCUAUAUCAGGAAUGAUCACAUUUUUGAAAAAAGGAGGAAUUUCAGAAAAACGUUUGAAAAAACUUAGUAAGAAACUUGACAUUGAUGUAACUUAUAGUGUACCAGCAUCACAAAUAGGUAAACAUCCGAGGAAGGAAAAAGUGAAUAUAAAAAAUUCUAUAAAAAACUUGGGGAAAAUAUUGAAAGAUAAGAAAAAGUAGAAAGUGAGAAGCUAUGUAGAAAGAAGGUAACUUUUGUAUGCUACAUAUACAAAAGCCUUACAUUUUUAAAGCUGUGAUUUGUGCUGUACAUGUAUAUUGACCUUGAGAGUAUAUUUUGUUUUAAAAGUUAAGUUUCAGCCAAUCUGAAUUAUUCCUAAAGGCCUAGAUUUUAUUUCAAACUUUCAAAUAUUUCACUAAUCUUAAAAAAUCAAUCCAAAUUUAAUAUUACAUUUUAGACACCAAAAAUAUUUCUACAUGUAUAAUGUUAAUGAUGAUGACUUAUUCACAGAUAAAUGCCUAUGGCCAUUCAUUCUUUCAUAGCUUCCAAGAAGAACGGUGUUGUAAAAUGAGGUCAUUUUCAAUUUAAAACUAAACUUGAACAUUCCUCCUAAAGGAGCCGUGAAGUAGUGAAUUAAACGGCUUGCACGUUUAUCGUCUUGUGAUUUUAAUUUUAAAAAGCAUUUCUGGAGUACCUUGGUCUGACAUUAUCCAUCAUAAGCCUUGUCCUCUGAGAAUCCUCUACUACCUGGUAAUCUUUUUGAAUUACAGUGGAACUUCGUUAACUCUAACUCGGAAAACUCUAAUACCCCACUUAACUCAAAGUACUUCGUCAGUCCCGACCAAAUUUACUCUUUAUCCUAGUAAAAAUUUAGGGUAAAGUGUCUUGCCCUAGGUCAUAGCCAUGAGAGCACAGACUGGCCCAUUUUUUAGCUUCCCAAGAAACACAAACCGACACUGGUAAGGGGCGUCUAGCCCGAGUUUCCUCUGGCCCCUACACCAUCCUACACCAGACAUGGUGUCAGAGCCAGAGGAAACUUGGGCUAAGGGUUGUCGAACCACUCGCCUUGGAUCUUCACUUGAGGUUACGUUGCCGACGCCCUAAAUGACGGGUGUCGCGGCUCCUCUUGAACACGUCUCAGUCUUGUUAUUAAGCGUGGCAUCAUACAAAUACACUGUCAAAGAUUAUACAUAAUUAUAAAUUCCCACAUUUUUAUUGACAUGGUGACAUUUUUUAUCUCCCCUGAGAUGACCUUCUGCAAUUGCCUUUUGUCUGUCUGUAAACAAUUCACAUUUAGGGAUUCUCUGAGACCCCUGUAUCAAUUUCAAUCAAAGUUUGCAGAAACCUUCCAUAGCUAAAGGUUAACCAAAAUAGUUGAGUAUCAUUUCUAGAAUUGCCAUUGGAAAUACUGUUAUUAGGAUUAUCGGCAUGGGAUGGCAGUUUGAUGGUUUGCAAAUGUUAGCCCUGACUCCCAGGGGCUGAUGGGCCAAAAUGGGUCAGAUUGACUUAAAGUUAAAAUCUUUGAAGACCUAGCUACAAUAGAAUCAUAUAUUCAUUUUAGAUGGAAAAGUCUAAGAUGUUUUAUCAAAAUUGUGAAUUUCAUUUCCCUGGGGUUGGAGUAAAAUUUACUACAGCUUAAAUCAGAAAAUCACUUUUUUGAACGUUAUUUCUUUGAUUUCUGUUGGAAAUAAUUCAAACUGGUUAGAAUUACCAGUAUGGGAUGGCAGUUUGAUGGUGCAUAUAUGCAUAUUGACCUUGACUGACCUCCCAGGGGCUGAUGGGAAGGGCAAAAAGGGGUCAAAUUGACAGAAAUAUAUAAGGUGACUGUUAGGACCCAUGGGCCUUUUGUUUUAUUAUGUUAUAGAAUGUAACACAUAAAAUGGUUUCCCUUGGUCUGUCAUACAUACCUUAUUUAAAAUGUUUGAUAAAGUUAAAUAUGUAUACUAUAGAUUACCAAACUCUACACUGGCCUGUUAGACAGCAGGCUCUUCACCCGUACAGUAUUAAACUCUGGACAAUAUCUUCAUGACAGAAAAAAAAUCAUCCACACAUCAUUUAAAGUAUAAUAUUGUCAUAUCAUCUGUCUAUAUGCUUGACAGCAGAUUUACUUUAACAGAUUUUGUUUUCAGAUUUAAAUGAUCUGUUUAUAUAUAUACCGGUAUAUGAUUGAUUGCUUGAUUAUAGAUAUAUCAUGUUUUAUUUAUUUUCACAUUUAUAAUGAAAUAGGUUGCAUGUUUCAUUAAUGAAAAUAAAUCUACAUAAAUUGA